AUGGAGUGCGCGGUGCGGGCUGCGUGGGUCGUGCUGGGCUUGUCCCUGGUGUGCUGGGGGCCGGGACCCUCGGGGGCUUCCGAGGCCGGAGAGGGAGCUCCAAAGCAUGUAGUUCUGAACCCAGUUCCAAAGAUGGAGAUUGGGAAGGAGUACAUGUUUAUAUGCCAAGUUUCUGAUGUGGCCCCCCUCAAGUACCUCACGGUGACCCUGUUCAAAGGAGGGAAAAAACUUCUGGUGAAGACAUUUGAGGAUUCGACUGCCACUGAAGCCCAAGAUGUUGUCGUGCUCCAUGUUGUCAGUGUGCAGAAGGAAGACCAUGGGGAGGAAGUCACCUGCCAGGCUGUUCUAGAUCUGAGACCAGACGGACCACUCUUUGAACUAGCCUCUCACACUGAAUUGCUGGACCUUGUUGAUUUCCCCAUGGAUCCCCAUCUCACAACCCCAUUGAUUGUAGAGACCGAUACUGAGAUAACUGUGACCUGUGAUGUAUCUGGAGUUUUUCCAGCCAAAGAGGUCAAGUUUGAGCUAUCCUAUGGAGGAAAGAGUCUGAGCCCUGAGGUCAGUGUAUCAGGAGAUAGUGCCAGUGCCCGGGGUCAAGUGUCCUUCUCAUCAGAAGGAACUCACAGUUUGACUUGCACAGUCUCUCUGGGACCAGUGAAGAGAACAGUAGAGGGAUCUGUGAAUGUAUACAGUUUACCUGCGCCUGUCCUGCGCCUUGUCCCUUCAGAAGUUGCUGCUGGUUCCACAGUGAUGGUCAACUGUACCUCUAAUGGUCCCGUGUCCCCAGGGGUUGUCAUGUGGCUUAGGGAUAACAAAGAAACCUUACUUUCCAGAGACUCUGACAACCUUUUAGUGCUGCAUGAACUGAAAACACAUGAAGAGGAUGAUGGGAGGAAAUUUGUGUGUGAAGUGCAGCGGAUGGUUGAUGGGCAGCGUGUUGUGAAACACAUCACUAAAAGUCUCAGCGUCUUCUAUGGUCCCAGGAUAAAUGCUUCUUCCUGCCCUAAUACAUUAACCUGGAAAGAGGGUGACAUGGAAACGUUGAACUGUUCAGCCUACGGAAACCCACCACCAAGUGUUGAAUGCAAGAAAGAUGGCACAUCUUAUAGUAUUGGGAUACCAAUAUCUGUCACCAGAGAACAUGAUGGCAUGGUUCGCUGCAAUGCCACUAAUCCAUAUGAUUUUGAUGAGAAAGUUGUGACCAUAGUUGUUGAAUGUAAGUUAAAUUCCUUACUCUAA